AUGUCCACCACCAGCACCAAGACGACCCCGAUACGCGUGUCGGUCAGCUUCAAGGAACCCUCCGUUUUCGCCGGCGAAGACGUCCAGUGCACCAUCACCUUCAAGAACGUCGCCUCGACCAAGCCCGCCGCCGAGCGCACCCCUCAGCACCCGUCCAGCCGCGACCCCCGCCUCCUGCAUCCUGAGCGCUCGCGCCCAAAGCCCCUCCCGGUGCGCGCUCCCUCCGUCGCCCAGUCCGUCGCUCCCUCCAUCGCCCCGAGCAUUCCGUCGUCAGUCCAGCCGUCCGCGAGCAAGAACUCGUCGCUACACGAUGUCGCCUUCAGCUCGCAAGGGGCUCAGAGCGCCGCGCCACCAGGGAGAGCCCGCGGUCACCGUCCAGCUCUCAGCUUGACCACUCCGCAUUUUCCGGCCGUCCCGCCGUCGCCGUCCGCCGCCAGCAAUGCCCCCAAUGGCACCACUACGCCCGUCCACACCCACGGCAGGUCCCUGUCGAUAAUGUCUAUUCACAGUGAUGCCAUUAACGGUACAAUCACCAAUUCCGGAAGCGCCGCCGCGCCCAAACGCCCGGCCAGAGGACAUGGACGGAGCACGAGUCUGCAAGUUGUUUCGCCCCGCGGCGGAAGUUCAGGCGGCCCCAACAAUACUCGUUCGCUGCAACCCUCGCCGUUUUUUAGCACAUCGCCGCCCCCUCUGGGCCGAUCACAGACGGAUUUCAAUGUCCCGACACGGCCAAGACCGAGCAGACGGACAUCGAAGCACAGUACUGCGCCGGGCACGCCAGUGGCCAACGAAACCAGGAAACCGUCGCUGGGAAACUUCAAGUUCCCUCCAACGUCGCCUGAGCCCAGCUCGGCUCUUGGGGAGAUGAGCCCUGCUUUGGAGAUAUCUCCGGCGGAUGACACGUUCAGCAUCCCUCGAACAAGGAAUGCGUCGUUGAUUCCGUCUUCAGGGAACUCCCUAACGAGGAGUCCGGAAGAGAUUGCGCCGCCACGGGAAAAACUGCAGCCAUCACCGGUCACUAGGAUAAUAUCAGGUGCGAGCAUGAACGGAGGCAGCUCUCGGAGCAGCGGCGAGUUUUACACCGUCAGCAACAACUCCACCGAAACAUUGGCGUCCGAGUACAUAUCACGCCCAACCGCUCGCCUUCUUCCCAAGUUGAUGCAGGAUCGCAAACCUUCCAAUCUCGCCCCAGUACACCCACGCUUACAAGACAAACCCGAAGUGUUAAUGAUGGGCUAUGCCCAAGUCAUGGGCUCAUUUACCCUCGAUGGAUCUCUCAUCAACCAGGGACCAUUCGAGGAAGUCAAACGGAAAGGGGUAAUGGGAGGCCAAGGAGGCGGCGGUGUUGUCGGCAUCGAACGAACAAAGCGCGACAGCGGCCUGUUCGGUGCGCUUGGCUGGUCUAAUCUUGGAGAGUCGAUCGGAGGUCUCCUGGGCGGUGCCGAGCCCAGCAGCAUCCGUGAGAUGCGAUCCGUCGCAAGUGCAAAGACGGUUCCGCUGCUGAGCACACCGCAAAGCAUUCUCUUUGUCGAUUUGAAGCUGGCGCCAGGUGAGGAAAAGAGUUACACGUACACAUUCACACUACCGAGAGGACUACCGCCGACACACAAGGGAAGGGCAAUGAAGGUGAAUUACCAUCUAAACAUCGGAACGCAAAGACCCGGCAGCUCGGCAAGAGCGGUAAGGAGCGUGACCGUGCCUUUCCGGGUCUUUGGAAGCGUUACCAACCACGGCGAGAUCCUCGGACACGAUUUGAUGUCUCCAUAUAUACUACUGCGCGACCAGGCUACGACCAGCAUCGUCGAGGACUCCAAAGCUCAGUUAAUACCGAACACUCCAGUCAGCAGGAGGACAAACGGUGAGGCGAGCCAAGCCCAGGCCGAAUUCGAAAACUAUGUGCGGAAUCUGCUCGAGACGGCGAAACGCGAUCCGAACGGAAGCCUUCUUUCGCCGACGGAAGCGCCCAAAGAAUACCGCCGCCGCCGCUCCACCGUAGAAGAGAUGCCGGUCAACUCGAUGAAGGAGGCGAUCGACUUUGCCAUCCUCCGCUCAAACACCAGCUCCUCGUCGAGCGCGUCGACCAACCGCUUCGAGAUCGCGCGCAACGGGCGGCGGGUGGCGGUCAUCAGGCUGGCGCGGCCGGCGUUCCGGCUCGGCGAGACCAUCUCGGCCGUCAUCGAGUUCGACAGCGCCGAGGUGCCCGUGUACGGGAUCGCGGUGACGCUCGAGUCGAGCGAGAGGGUCGACCCGGCCAUCGCGCUGCGCAGCGGCGCGAGCAUCCACCGCGUCACGCGGAAAGUGCACGCCAGCUUCGCCGAGAACGCGCUGUUCGCGCGGCGCGUCUGCUUCGCGCCGACGGUGCCGCCCAACGCCACGCCCGAGUUCAUCACCAGCGGCGUCAGCCUCGAGUGGAAGCUGAGGGUCGAGUUCGUCACGCCGAGGGUCGCCGCCGCCGCCGCCCAUGGUCGCGGCAGCACCGCCGCCAGCGCUUACAAUAGCCGCAACAACAGCCGUAACAACAGCGUUGCGAGCACCCCCGUCAUGGAGAAGCAGCAGCAGCAUCAUCAUCAUCAGCAGCAGCAGCAGCAGCUCGCAGAAUUAUGGGGAGGGGCGGGCGCAUUGCUGGAGGAGAUGGCGAGCGAUGAUCGUGGCACGGGUGUACGGGGCCUCGACGGGCUCGGAUGGCUCGAUGGGCGCGGGGGAGCAGGAGGAGGGUGGAUAUGCUAUCUAGGCGCAAAGAAGAAGAAGAAGAAGAAGAAGAAGAAGAAGAAGAAGAAGAAGAAGAAGAAGAAGAAGAAGAAGAAGAAGAAGAAGAAGAAGAAGAAGAAGAAGAAGAAGAGAAGGACAGAGAAGGGCAUGGGAAAGGAAGAAUAUAUUUAUGUAUUUUGGAUGACUGAUUAA